AUGUACGUGGGCAACCUGUCAUGGCGACUGGAUGACUCCAGGUUGGCACAACUAUUCAGCGAGCACGGCACCGUGCUCUUCGCUAAGGUCAUGCGUGACUUACAAACCGGGCGCUCAAAGGGAUUCGGCUUUGUAGCAAUGGCAUCACAUGAGGAACGCGAGGAGGCCAUCGCGGCCCUCAACGGGCAGAUCUUGGAGGGGCUUGCCCUGCGAGUGAGUGUCGCGGAGGAGCCAGACGUGACUGUAAGCAAGGCGGUUCCAGGAGACACCCGGGUGGAAAGCCCUCCUCCCCGUCAUGUUGUUGGGCCUUCAUUUCGGUUGCACGUGAACAACCUUUCAUCGAAUGUGGAUGACUCUAGGCUGGCACAAAUGUUCAGCCAGCACGGCAAAGUGGUCUAUGCUAAGAUCAUCCGUGAUUUCAAAAGUGGGCGCUCAAAGGGAUUCGGUUUCGUAGAGAUGUUGUCGCGGGGGGAAAUGGACAGCGCCAUCACAGCCCUCCAUGGACAGAGCUUGGAGGGGCGUGUCAUGCGAGUGAGUGCCGCCGAGGUGCCAGGCAUGACUGUAAGCAAGGCGGCUCCAGGGGUAGAAAGUUCCCCUCCCCGUCAUGUUGUUGGGCCUUCAUUCCGGUUGCACGUGCACAACCUGUCGUUGAACAUGGACGACUCUAGGCUGGCUCAGAUGUUCAGCCGGCACGGCAGAGUGGCCUAUGCUAAAGUUGUCCGUGAUAUCCAUAGCGAGCGCUCAAAGGGAUUCGGUUUCGUAGGAUUCGGUUUCGUAGAGAUGGCGUCACAGGAGGAUAUGGACAAUGCCAUCACAGCUCUUCAUGGACAGAGCUUGGAGGGGCGUGUCAUACGAGUGAGUGCCGCGGAGGAGCAGUCGCCAUCAUGA